AUGGUAUCAGAGCUUCGUUUCAGUUACGCUGCUGUUGUAGGCAUGGAUCGAGAAGCCGCAGGAGGAAACCCUACUGGAAAUGGAGGAGAAGCCUCAACCACGGCAAGUCAAGUCCAUGCGAAUCAAACUCCAGUGCAUCGAAUAGACGAGUUUGAUGAUCCAAUGUAUCUUCACAUCACUGAAAAUCCGAACAUGAUCCUUGUCUCACCUCCUCUUUCUGAGCACAAUUACGCUACCUUGAGCAGAUCUAUAAAGAUUGCACUAGGAGUGAAGAACAAGUUUGGCUUUGUGAGUGGUGCAGUUCCAACUCCAGAGCGAUCCGAUUCCAAAUAUCCUGCCUGGAAGAGAUGCAAUGACAUCGUUUGUGCCUGGAUACUUAAGUCUCUCAAUUCCACUAUAGCAGAAAGUGUCCUAUACUUUGAGAUUGCAGAAGAUAUCUGGAAUGCAUUGAAGAAGAGGUACUCCCAGGCAGAUCUUCACAAGAUAGCAGAGAUUCAGAAUGAGAUAUACAGGAAUACGCAAGGUAACAAGUCUAUUAAUGAGUAUUUCACUAGAUGUAAUGCUCUUUGGGAACAAUUGAAUGCUGUGAGGCCUCUACUUGUUUGUGAGUGUGUUCCUAGAUGUGCUUGCAAGUUGAUGAGCAAAAUAAGAAAGGAAAGGGAGGAUGAUCAGGUUAUUAGGUUUCUAAAGGGCUUGAAUGAUGAAUUUGAGACUAUAAAGUCUGGUGUCCUGGUUAUGGAUCCAGUUCCUAACAUGGAAAAGGUGCUGAAUAUGGCUCUAAAGCUGGAAAGAAAGCUCAAUUGUUCCACUCACCACAAGAACAAAGAGAUAACACAGGCCAAUGUUGUUCAGAAUGUAACCUCAAAUGAGCAUAACAUUGUAGCCGUGGCAACUUCUUUUAAUAAGAAGAAGUUUAACAACUAUGGAGGGAAAAAUGUGCCAAAAUGCACAUUUUGUGGAAUGAGUGGUCACACUGUUGAAAAAUGCUUCAAAAAGCAUGGGUACCCCCCUGGAUGGAUACCUGGAUACAAGUCCAAGAACAAGGCAAAUAAAAAUGCUCAGCAGAAUCAGCAACCCUCACCAUCCUUUGUCAACCAAGGACAAAAUCAAGGAGCACAAGCUUCUGCUAGUGCUGCUGUCACAGUGAACAAGACUGGAAUGAGACCAGACUUCUCCAACCUGAGUGAUGAAUCAAAAGAAGGCAGGUUUAUCUCUGAAUCUCACAUUAAUGCUAUCUUAAAUUGUCCUAAAGUUUGGAUUUUGGAUUCUGGAGCAACUAAUCACAUCACAUGCUCAUUAGAUUAUCUUGACAAUUAUCAAAAGCUUAAUGACAUAUCUGUCAAGUUGCCAAAUGGACAAAGUAUACAAGUUGCUUACAUAGGGGAAGUGAGGCUCUUUCCCAAUCUGCUGUUGAAGAAUGUCUUAUACAUACCAACCUUUACUUUCAACAUAAUAUCUGCUAGUAAACUGAUAAGUCAAGCUGGUUGCAUUAUUUUGAAUGCUGAUGUGUGUAACAUUCAGGGACCCCAUGGGAUAAUGGCUGGUUUUGCUAAGGAAAAGGAUGGCCUAUAUUUGCUUGAACAUCCACCUGCCAAGAAAAGAGAUAGUGGAAAACAAUAUUAUCCCUUUAAGGAAAAGGAUACUGGAACUAGAACAAAGACUUCAGUUGGAGAUCCUGUCUUACCUUUAGUUUCUGUUGAUGCAGAUGUUAUGCCAUUCUCUUAUACAACAGGUCACAUCCCUAUGGUGCCUGAACAACAUGAUGUAAACCAUGGGAAUGAAGUUAAUUUUCAUUACAGUAGUGAAGAAAAUGGAAUGACAGUCACAGAGAAUUCUACAGCUGGUCAUAGUCCUACUGUUUCAUCAACACAAGCUGAAGGGAAUGAACCAUCUGCCUCUGAUGUUAAUGAGGUGGAUGAUGAGGCAAAUACAGAAAUGAUUUCCCAAAGGCAACUUCCUAACCACAAGCACCCAAGAAGGUCUGAAAGGGUAAGGAACUUACCCAGUAGAUUGCAUGACUACUAUUGUCAUUCCAUAAGAAAGCAUGACACAGAUUAA